AUGCAAGUAAAAGGGGAAGUUGGUGGAGGUCUCUCAUUGAAAUCAAAUAUUCAAACACUACAUCUUUCUGGCAUACUGGUAGGAGUAGCAAUGGGUUUCAAGGUUCAGUUUGGGCCAAUAUCACAAAGGAGCACAGUGAUUUCUUGA